CGCAGGCUUCUUUGCCGCCUUCUUUUUAACACUCAGAGGAUUCAAGAUGGCUGGUCCGGGUUUCAGGUGAGAGAGAGAGCCAGUGAGCGAGAGCGCCCCCUAGCCCCAGACCAGUGAAUGAAGCCUGCGCUGUGUAACGGUGCAGUGAGCCUGACUCCUCCAGCCAGCAGGGAGCCCUGUAGCCGCAGCAGCAGUGGGGGCCAGGCGAACGCCAGCAUGUCCACCUCCUCCUCCUCUUCUUCCUCCUCCUCCUCCUCAGAGGAGGCCUGCCAAGGGGAUACCCCCCGCGGGGGAGGAACCAUCAGAGUCUACCUCCCCAACAAACAGCGGACAGUGGUGACUGUGCGUCCUGGACAGACGGUUUAUGACAGCCUGGACAAGGCCCUGAAAGUGAGAGGACUGAACCAGGACUGCUGUGCUGUCUACAGACUGCUUAAAGGUCGAAAGCAGCUGACGGACUGGAACACUGACGUCACCCCACUGCAGGGGGAGGAGCUUCUGGUGGAGGUGCUGGACCAUGUGCCACUCACCAUGCACAACUUUGUGCGGAAGACCUUCUUCAAGCUGGCCUACUGUGAUUUCUGCCACAAGUUCCUGUUCCACGGGUUCCGCUGCCAGACGUGUGGCUACAAGUUCCACCAGCACUGCAGCAGCAAGGUGCCCACGGUGUGCGUGGACAUGGACACCAUGUCCAAACUGUGUUUACCAAAUCCUGAUUCCUCGCACGUGCCCAUCCUCAUAAUUCAAGAACAUCAGUCCGAAACCCCUGACACCCCCGAGCCUCCCGGGCAGGUGUCUCCAGUCUCUGCCUUCCAGUUCCCCCUGACCGGAGGAGAGGGUCAGUCCUUGCAGAGAUACCGCUCCACAUCCACUCCCAACGUGCACAUGGUCAGCACUGUGGGGCCAGCAGGAGUGGGGAUCAUAGAGGAGGCAUUAAAAAUGGACUACAUAACUGUUGUAGAUCCCACCCCCAAACCCUCGACCAGCCCCCCCCCUAUGGGCUCCCCGGGGAGAAGACCCCUCCCCCCGAAAUCCCCCUCGGAACACCCCAAAGAACGCAAGCAGUCUUCCUCCGACGACAAGAAGAAAGUGCACCGGGGCGGGUACAGGGACUCCAGCUAUUACUGGGAGGUGCACGAGCGAGAGGUGACCAUGCUGAAGAGAAUCGGGGCUGGUUCAUUCGGGACGGUCUACAAGGGCAAGUGGCACGGAGACGUGGCUGUCAAGAUCCUCAAAGUGACAGACCCGACCCCAGAGCAGCUGCUCGCUUUCAAGAACGAGAUGCAGGUGCUCAGGAAGACGCGUCACGUGAACAUCCUGCUGUUCAUGGGCUUCAUGACGAAGCCAAACUUUGCCAUCAUCACGCAGUGGUGUGAGGGCAGCAGUCUGUACCACCACCUGCACGUCAUAGAGACCAAGUUCGAGACGAUGAGGAGGAUCGAUGUGGCUCGGCAGACUGCGCAGGGCAUCGAUUACCUCCAUGCCAAGAAUAUCAUUCACAGGGACCUGAAAUCAAACAAUAUCUUUUUGCAUGAGGGCUGGACGGUGAAGAUCGGUGAUUUCGGAUUGGCCACUGUCAAAUCCCGGUGGACUGGAUCACAUCAGGUGGAACAGCCCAGUGGAUCUAUCCUAUGGAUGGCUCCAGAGGUUAUCCGGAUGCAGGACAGCAAUCCUUACAGCUUCCAGUCUGACGUGUACGGAUAUGGAGUGGUCCUGUUUGAGAUCAUGUCUGGAACUCUGCCCUAUUCCAACAUAAACAACAGAGACCAGAUAAUCUUCAUGGUGGGUCGGGGGUACCUGUCUCCUGAUCUCACGAAGGUCUACAGUAACUGUCCCAAAGCCAUGAAGAGACUCAUCAUAGACUGUCUGAAAUUCAAGAAAGACGAGAGGCCGCUAUUUCCACAGAUCCUGGUUGCGAUGGAGCAAGUUCAAGAGUCACUGCCCAAGAUCGAGCGGAGUGCGUCGGAGCCGUCUCUCCACCGCGCGGUACACUCCGAGGAUCUCAACUCCCUGCUGCUGAACACCACACGCCUGCUGCCACUAUGAGACCAUCUCCCUGCAACACAGCACAACCAGAGAGCUGCCACUGUGAGAGACUAUCUCCCCGCAACACAGCACAACCACAGAGCUGCCACUGUGAGAGACCAUCUCCCUGCAACACAGCACAACCAGAGCAACCCCCAACUCAACACACCACAACCAGACCAGAGCAAACCCCAACUCAACACAGCACAACCAGACCAGAGCAAACCCAACUCAACACAGCACAACCACAGCCAGGAGCAAACCCCAACUCAACACAGCACAACCAGAGAGCUGCCACUGUGAGAGACCAUCACCCUGCAACACAGCACAACCAGAGAGCUGCCACUGUGAGAGACCAUCACCCUGCAACACAGCACAACCAGAGCAAACCCCAACUCAACACAGCACAACCAGACCAGAGCAAACCCAACUCAACACAGCACAACCAGACCAGAGCAAACCCAACUCAACACAGCACAACCACAGCCAGGAGCAAACCCCAACUCAACACAGCACAACCAGAGAGCUGCCACUGUGAGAGACCAUCACCCUGCAACACAGCACAACCAGAGAGCUGCCACUGUGAGAGACCAUCACCCUGCAACACAGCACAACCACAGAGCUGCCACUGUGAGAGACCAUCACCCUGCAACACAGCACAACCAGAGCAAACCCCAACUCAACACACCACAACCAGACCAGAGCAAACCCCAACUCAACACAGCACAACCAGACCAGAGCAAACCCCAACUCAACACAGCACAACCAGACCAGAACAAACCCCAACUCAACACAGCACAACCAGACCAGAACAAACCCCAACUCAACACAGCACAACCAGACCAGAGCAAACCCCAACUCAACACAGCACAACCAGACCAGAGCAAACCCCAACUCAACACAGCACAACCAGACCAGAACAAACCCCAACUCAACACAGCACAACCAGAGAGCUGCCUCUGUGAGAGACCAUCUCCCCGCAACACAGCACAACCACAGAGCUGCCACUGUGAGAGACCAUCACCCUGCAACACAGCACAACCAGAGCAAACCCCAACUCAACUCAGCACAGCACAACCAGAGUAAACCCCAACUCAACACAGCACAACCAGACCAGAGCAAACCCAACUCAACACAGCACAACCAGACCAGAGCAAACCCAACUCAACACAGCACAACCAGACCAGAACAAACCCCAACUCAACACAGCACAACCAGACCAGAACAAACCCAACUCAACACAGCACAACCAGACCAGAGCAAACCCCAACUCAACACAGCACAACCAGACCAGAACAAACCCAACUCAACACAGCACAACCAGACCAGAACAAACCCAACUCAACACACCACAACCAGACCAGAGCAAACCCCAACUCAACACAGCACAACCAGACCAGAACAAACCCAACUCAACACAGCACAACCAGACCAGAACAAACCCCAACUCAACACAGCACAACCAUACCAGAGCAAACCCAACUCAACACAGCACAACCAGACCAGAGCAAACCCAACUCAACACAGCACAACCAGACCAGAGCAAACCCCAACUCAACACACCACAACCAGACCAGAACAAACCCAACUCAACACAGCACAACCAGACCAGAACAAACCCCAACUCAACACAGCACAACCAUACCAGAGCAAACCCAACUCAACACAGCACAACCAGACCAGAGCAAACCCAACUCAACACAGCACAACCAGAGCAAACCCCAACUCAACACAGCACAACCAGACCAGAGCAAACCCAACUCAACACAGCACAACCAGACCAGAACAAACCCAACUCAACACAGCACAACCAGACCAGAACAAACCCAACUCAACACAGCACAACCAGACCAGAACAAACCCAACUCAACACAGCACAACCAGACCAGAACAAACCCAACUCAACACACCACAACCAGACCAGAGCAAACCCCAACUCAACACAGCACAACCAGACCAGAGCAAACCCAACUCAACACAGCACAACCACAGCCAGGAGCAGUAUAGCCCAACUCUGUCCUCUGAGAUCCAUUCCAUGCCUUCCUUCCAAUUAGUUCAUUUAACCCUUAACAGCAAGAGAGAACUCCAUACAACGCACUGCACUGACCUGCACCUCAGUUAUUUUUUGCUAGUGUUAUAAUCUUGAGAACAAAUGAAUGCCUUUUGCUUUUGCACAUAAUACAAUAGGACCCCGUAUCUCCUCACCUUUGAAGGCUCAAGAACAGAUCUUACCCUGAAUAAACAAUAUCCAUUUAUUUGUAUUAUCACUGCUAAUAUAUAUAUAAUUAAGAAGGUUGACCUUUUUAAACCCACCAUGAAAAUACCAGCUAGGUGUUUCUGGGGUAUUGGUAUUAUUUCCUACAAAUCCACUUUAAUCCUCUUGUGUAGAACAUUUAUAGGGACAAUAUCACCUGCUACCCUACCUGGGAACUGUCAGAAACUGCCGUCUGUCUGCUACGCUUGGGUCAUUUGGCUUCAAGUCUUCCACGAACUCUACACAACGCCUCUUAACUUACAGACCAAUAAGUUAUUGUAGAUUUUUUAAAAAGCAUUCGGUUUCAGCGUAGCUGGAUUGAAAACCAACAAACGUGCCUCUUGUCAGAGUUCGGAUCAGUUGAAAGUCCCUACAAGUCUGUUUUUGCUAGCGGAAUGGCAAAAUAUUUUUUCCAGAUUGCCGCACAAGCAAAUUGUGCUAGAUUUCCUUUUACUGUUCUGGAAGUACCGUUUACUGUUCUGAACCUACAAAGUCCUUGGAUUGUAAUCCAGGCACAGAUUUCGCUUUGCAGACCUAAAGAAGAAACAUUCUUAAACCACCUGGUCUUGUGUGUGUGUUUCAAGGAGCUGCAACCUCAGAAACGAUCUCCCCUACCCAAAUAGAAAUAUCAGAAAUGGACCUUCUAGCAAGAAGCUUCCAAAUGAUGUUAUGCGACUUGUGCACGACCCGACUAAACAGAAGAACUCUAUACUCGAAACAGGAGGAGGUUUUACGGGUUCGUGGUAGCUGGUUAAUCUCAAGUCGGGUCUUCAAGGAUCCCAGUGAUUCAGCAUCACCAGCAUGGCUAGGUAGCCCAUUUCGUGCCACCAUGCAGGGACGUCAGUAAAUAAAUCUCUUUCAGAGGUUUUUUGGAGAUUACAAAAGGGACCCUGUGUCAUGGAGGACUGUUGUUCACCUGCUAUUCCAGCCCAACUGAGCCAUCGUCCCCGUCUUCUCCCAUCAAUUUCCUUGGGGGGGGUUAUUGACCCAGCCCAGCCUUGCUUCUGAGAUCCAACAGAUACAACACCACGAGGAGAAUGGAGGAUCACUCACCACUGAUUCUGUAAAUACUGUGGAGGUGUUUCUUUUGUUCCAGCCCUGUUCUAAAUAGUUUGAUUGAACCAAUUAAACCUCCAUCCUUGAGCAGCCCGAGCUGAUAACAUUCAAAUAUCUUUCUCUGCCGCUGCGAAACCCUGGGAGGAAAAAAAAAAAAAAAAAAAAAACCUUUUUGGAAGAGAGAAGCAGUUAAGUAGGCAUGCUGCAGUCCCAACUGGUUUGAACGUAUUUCGCGAUCUCCGAACCUGAUCAACGCCUCGGACUAAUGUAUGUUUAAUUUAUUAAACGUUUAAACUUUUAAAAAUAGAUUGUUUAAAAUGUUAAAAUUAAAUAUAUAUAUAUAUACAUUUUAAGAAAGUUCUGUUACUUAAUUGUAAACAAAUAGCUUUUUAUAAAUUACCGCAUAUGUGUCUUAUAAAUGGGUCUUCUGAUUUUCUGAGUUUGACCCCCUGCAUUUCUACGCCUUUCAAUAUUUGAUUGAUCCCUGUUAAGACAUUUGUGUAUCUCAAUCACAACUGAGAAUCGCGUUAAUAGUUUUUUUUCUGUGAAACAACUAAAUGGGCUUUUAAAUCGUAAGUCUUCCUUUUUUCAUUUCAAAGCAGAAGCGACUUCAUGAAUACAGUCAUGCUUCGUGUGCCCAGCAAAAAACAUCUUUAGUUGAUGAUAGCUUUAAUAAAGAUUAGUAGCUGAUUAACAUGGAGCGAUCUCAUUUGUACGUUCUGCUUGUAAAUGAAACAUGAAGGCUUGGCCGAAGUUGUUUUACUGGGGGAAAAAAACAAACCAAAAAAAAACCAGGUAGUGUUUUAAAUUCUUCAAGGAGAGUAGAAAAGUCUGAAACACUGAAAACCAGAAGCCCUAAAUAUAAAGAAAUGUAUAAAAACAGCGAGGCAAUAUGAAAAAUGAACAGCGUCUGGUGUACGAUGAUGGUCUGUUCUGAUUAGAGGGUGGGUAUUAAUUGCAUUUAUUACAGAAAUGUUCAAACCGUGCUAGAAUCCAAAUCGCUAAUCUAUCCUACUUACUGGAUAAAAGAGACAUGUUCGCACCAGACUGAAUUUAUUCCAAGUACAGUACCGCGUUAAUUCUCAUGACAAUAUUUAGUUUAAAAAAAAAGAAUUUUAGAAAUAGAAAUAGUUUGUACUUGUCUGACUAAAUUAUGUUCAUUAGUUUUUACGUUUGUCAUGCAGUGAUUACUGUUUUGAACUAUCGAGGAUCCUUGGUGUCUCAAAAUAUAAUCGUAAUCCUCCCCAGGUGUGUUGAAUUAAUUCCUAAUUAAUGGCAGAUCAUGUAUUUUACUCGGACUCGUUCUCGAGUGCCUUUUAGUUCACGAAGGUGUUCUGGUCCUGAUUGAUUUGAGGUAUUAUUAAGGGCAGCUGUGAAAUCCCUGAAUUAGUGGGCUUUUUUUUUCACCCUUUCUUGUUGUAGAUUAUUCACUGAAGUUACAAGACUUAAUAGUAUUAUUGUGUGCGACGGCUGGUUAAAACUCAAACGCUUCGUUUAAAGCUGUGCUUUUGUUUAAUCUCGUAUAGAUUGCAGUGAUUCUGCACGGAGGUCUUGUCGCUCCAGUGUGUUCGGAUUCCAUCAUGUUCUUCAUGUAGUGGUCUUGACAAAUUUGUGCCGGUAAAGAGCCUCUUGAGCCUUCAAAUACUAAACUGAAAACACACACCUGCUAGAUCAUAGUGAAGCCCAGAGAGAUAUGGUAAAGUAACCGUGGAAUAAAAAAAAAAAAAAACUGUGGUAAACUUUUAGAAGUGAUAACCCCAGAUUUUGAUAAAAUGAGGUUUGAAUCUUAGAUCUUAGAUGGGUGGUCUUUGUUUUUUUUUUUUUGUCUGAGGCCAAAGGCUACUGUGUUAGGUGCUGAACAGAUUGCUGUGACAGUAUGAAAGAGAAGCUGGUUAUUGAUGAUGAUGAUUAGAGACUGAGAUGAGGGCGCAUUACCGUGAGUCACCACACAGGGGGGUGUCACUGUUGGGUACAGCAAAGAUCUAUUUAAAUGAGAGCAGGUGAAAUACAUUGUACAUAGUAUAUUAAGUACAAAAACACAACCAGUGUGAUUUAUACAUGUUUUUUUAAAACAUGUAUUCGAUUCAUUUCUGAAAUUCUUUCAAGACUAAAUUAUACAGUUGGCCCUCAAGUCAUGUAAAACCAGAUUGUCCAGUUCACAGGGGGUCUGGACAAAAUAUUAGACAAGACUGCAGCAAUAACAGGAAAAGCCAAUAGGGUGCAGCCAGCCAGGCAGCGUUGAUUUCAAUCGCAAGGAUAAACCGCUUUGAAUUUCUUCAGGAAACGCCGCAUUGGGAGAUCAGCCACAAGUGUUUCAAACUUUGUAUCCAGCCUUUGUAUAUAUUAUAGUCUGUAUUGCCUCGGAGGAGGGGAGUGUUGUAUUGGCCACUUUAUUAUGUCCUGUAUCUAGUAUUGGUUGGGGGCCCUCUUUGCCUGGAUCGAUUAUGUUCAUAUAGUUAUUAUUUUUUAAAUCCUAAAAUUCCAGGUGAUGCAGAACUUUUGGCCAGAGCUGUCGACUCCACAAAGUCCUGGGAGGUGUCUAGAGAAAGCCGUUAAUGUUUCACAGAAUUACAGGAUCGUGACGACAGAUGCGUUUAAGUUCAUCCCAGACGUGCUCAGUUGAAUUGUGACAUCACCGUCAGGGUUCAGCGUUAUUGGCUGGAUCAGCAGUGAUGUUUUGAACAAUUUGGCCUUCCAUAGUAAUCUAGGGACCCAGGGUAUACCAGGGGAACAUGCCCCACACCAUAUUUGGGAACAUGUGAGACAAUAGAUUUGAGUUGUAUUGUGCUUUACAGGGUAGGAUCCCUGGAUAUCGCAUAGAUCUUUUGUUUUUGAAGUCAACGUAAUGUAACAAGAGUACUGUAUUUGAAUAGAAAGUGUUCUAUUUCUUGUGAUAGGUGCAAUUAAUCUGUUUUUAUCGUUAUUAUCGGGCAAGUUUUGGGGGUCUUAAGAUGUAAGCUAGAAUAGCUGACAUCCAAUUGUGUACAGUUUUUUUUUUUUCAAU